AUGCAGCUCGAAGAUCUCAAUACUCUUUCCUUCAAUUUGUCCAGCAGCAUUGGAUCUACUCCCAGAAUCCCAAUUCUUUUUCCACAGGAUUAUGAAGUAUGGGUGUUGCACUUUGAAGACUAUGUUCUUGGCCUUGAAGAUCAUGGUGAAAAAGACAAGAUGAUAAGUAACGUCAAGGCAAUGAGAAUAACCAGGUUUGCUCUUCCUCUAGACACUUUUCUUCUGCCUGAAUGGAAAGCUGUAGUGUCCACAGUAAAACCUCAUGAACAGUUUAAGACUUAUACCUUGGAAAAGCUUGUAGGAAUUCCAAGAUCACAUGAAAAUGAGGUGACAAAGGAUGUGAAGAUUAUGUUUAACAUUGGUUCAUUGGACUUAGUUGCGAAAGCCAAAAAGGUUGCUCAAGAAGAUUCUGAAUCCGACUUUUCGAAUAGUGAACUUACCAAAGAGGAACAUGCUCUUAUGGUAGCUAAUCCUAGAAAGUUCAUCAAAAAGAACUUUGGUCGUUUAACAACAGGAACAAGCAUGGAAACUUCAACUCAGAAAAUUCAAGAGAAGAGAGCUUCAAGAACUCUCAAAAGGAAGAAGACAAACAAGAGAAGAAGUUGUUGGGAGAUUCUGCCUAUGAUUGCAUUUACUGCCAUGGAAGGUGGUGAUGAAUUUGGUAGUGCUGAAUUUUGGCCCACUGAUUUCGAAGAUGAUGAGGUUCGGAAGCCCAAAAAUAGUGGAUGUUGUGUGGCAAAAUCGGAAGCAACGGGGUAUGAAGGAAGGUGUCUGAUGGUGAGUGAAUGCGAGAAGUUCAUCAGUAAGUCUAAAGAACAUAAAAGCAUGUUAAAACAAAUGUUUGAUGAAAAUGAUAAAGAACAUAUUAAAUUUGAUACUGUGCAAAAUUUUGACUCGCUAUGCACAAAAUUGAGUUCGGAAAACACUUUUGAUGCCGAAAAUGAUUCUGAAUUUGACAAAAGUGACAUGAGUGAGAUUUAUGUAGAGGAUGAGAUUGAUUGUUUAGCAUUUGUACAGAAUGAGUAUGAUCCAAAGAAAAUGUUGAUUUCUGAGAAUUUAAUUGAAUAUGUUCGUGUGGUUGAAAAUAAGGGUUCAAAAAAAACCCAAUUUUCUCCAAAAACAAAUAUUUCAAAAUCUGUCAACACAUCAAAGGAUGUUAAGGGAAAAAAGAAAGUAGUGUCGGAACUAGAUAUUUCUCUCGAGGAAUUCGAAGCAAACUUGAAAAAGGAGAAAAUGGAUUUUGGGAAGAAGAUGGAUGAAAAACAUAAAGAUUGUAUUCGAAGUAAAAAAAUUCUUGUCGAGGUUAAUCUUUGUGACAAUAAAAUGAAGGUAAUCAGUGACGCGCAAUACAAAUCUGAAUGGUACAACGACAUUGGUUGCUCGCAUCACGUGACAGGAAGGAGAGAAGAGCUAAUGGAAUUCCGAUCAUUGAAGGAUGGUGGCAAAGUGAAAUUCAGAAAUAAUGCCACAGGAGAGAUAAAAGGAUAUGGCAUGAUUACGAAUGGUUAA